AUGGGAAAUUGCAUAGCUCUGCGGAAGAAGCCCAUCAAGGUCAUUAAAUCUGAUGGACGAGUACUUGAAUACAACCCUCCGAUGAAAGUCUGCCAUGUGCUAUCAAAAUUUGGUGGGCAUGCACUAUAUGAUUCGCUGCCUGUCGUCCGUCAUCUGCAUCCAGACACUGAUAUGAUUGGUGGUCGCGUCUACUAUCUUUUGCCUCUUUUGACAGUUCAUCCGCAAAGGGCUGGCGACGUUUCAAGUAAAAUCACAGCUACUGGGCAAGAAGGUGGAGUGUUGAGGAUAAAGCUCGUGAUCAGCAAGGAAGAAUUGCAAGCAAUGCUGCGGAAAGGUGGGAUUACAGUUGAUAAUAUGGUUUCCAAGCUUCAGAAUAACGGGAAAACGUGUGGUACUGAUAGCUUCAGUAGUGAUAGCAGGAGAAGCUCUCCGAGGUGGAUGCCUUUGCUGGAAAGCGUACCGGAAGGAAACUGA